AAUAGGCUCAGUGACUCAACAUGGCCGAGCCUGAAAACACGUCCGUUUCUCCCCUUCGUUCUUUGGACGAUUUUCUUAUGGAAUCUGCAAGAUUCCAGAUUCCAAACUUUAAAGAUGGAGACAAAUGGGCCAACAGAGUCAUCCAGAACCUUCUUUACUACCAGACAAACUAUUUUCUGACUUAUUUCGUCAUUUUUGCAGUUGUGGGUGUAAUCCAUCCCACCAAGAUGUUCUGUGGUAUGGUGGCAGUGGGCUUAGCCUUUGGGCUCUUCUAUUACCUGACCAACAACAAACAGCCUGCCGUUCAGUUCAAGAAGGACCACCCCAUCCUCUCCCUGCUCUUCCUCAUCCUGGGCACCUAUUUCAUUGUGUACUUGUUGGGUUCUGUGGUGGUCUUUCUCAUGGGUAUCUUCUUGCCAUUAGUAUUCAUCUUCAUCCACGCCUCCAUGAGACUGCGCAACCUUAAGAACAAGCUGAUGAACAAGAUUGAAUACAUCGGGCUGAAACGUACUCCUAUGGGAGUGAUCCUCGAUGCUCUCGGCCUGGAGCAGGAGUUCAUGAUUUCCAGGUUGAAUCUCGAGGGGUCCAAGUUGAAUUUCGAGGGAAGUGCCAAAAUCCUAGAGACUUUCAACAAGCUGUCUGGCUACCAAUAACGGCGGACACUUAUCCGAGCAUGAUUUUACCAGCUGUGCCACUUUAACCUCUUUUGUUGGUGUUUUCUUUUUAUUCACAUGAAUCAUGCAUGAUUUGUCAGCAUUGUCACCCUGAUUAGUUAUUUAUAUUUAGCCAUGCUUGACUCUUUUUUUAUUAUUAUUAAUUUUAGGCUUUUAUUUUGAUUAUCUCUGUUUCUCUUUCUUUCUUUUUCCACCAGGAAAUGAAAGACAGUCUUACUAUGCAUAUUUGGAUAUCAUUCAUAAUCACAAACCAUUAGAUGUUUACUAUUGUCUACAAUAUAUAGUGUGUGUGGGGUCGGGUAGGGGUUUGAAUCAUUAUUUUAUCCUCUGGAACUUUUGACUAUUUAAUACUCACCUUUUGUAACAAUCAUUAAUAGACUGGUGGAGGCUACAUAUGUGGAUGAACAUUUCAUGUAAUUAAAGGUUGUAACAGUAAUAUUGAAAGUAGUAUAUUCCAUAGUCUUUAUUGUUCUCUUGUUAUCACAUAUUAAUCUAAGACUGUGGCAGAUAAGUAUGGUUUACCUGUUUUACAUUACGAGUAUGAUAGACACCAAAGUUGUCAUAUUUCCAUUCAAAACAACUAGUGCAACCAGGUGUGUUUCAAAUUCAAGUAAAUAGAUUCAAUAAGGUUAAUACAUUGCAAGAGUACCACUGAAGAUUUGCAUGUGAUGUCUCAAAUCAUAGCAUUCAUUUCCCAAAUAAUUUUCAUUCUGUACAGUAUUAUGAGGUUACAAUUGCAUUAGCUUAAAGAGUUUAUGAUUGUUUUCUCUUCUCUUUUUUCUUCUAUUUAUCUUAUUCAGUAGACUUUUAGAAUACCUGUUAUUUAUGAAAAGCUGUUGUUUGCUUCAUAUAGUCUUCAGUAAGCAUCCACAGUACAUUCAGACUUUGAUGCUGUAGAAAGAAUGGGGAAUCCUCUCUUCUGUCUAAGAUUAUGAAAGUUGAUCUGAAGUGUUUGAUAUUUUGAUUUUAAAAAGGUGGUCCACAGUUCAUUUAGUAGAUGCUAUAUAGGAUACCCAUGAGUAUUAUAAGGAUAAUUCACCAAGUAACCUUAGGGUGAUUUCAACUGAACUACAGAAUGUCAUGAACUGGUUAAAGAAAAGUAAAGGAUUUUUUUUUUUAAUAUAAAGAUUAUAGCUAAAGGAAAGUGUAUAUUUUUAAGUGGUACUUAAGCUUUUCCUCCAUUAUGAUUUGAAUUGGCAUUUUUGAGUCUUGUAGUACAGUGAUUUUGGAAAAGGGAUUUAUGUACACGGCCUUUUCAUUAUGGUUAUUAUAUAUAUAUAUAUUUUUUUUUUUUUUUUUUUUGUAAAAGUCUGUAAGUUCCUGGAUAAAUAAAUAGGUUAAAAUAA